CAAGAUGAUUGAGGAUGACUUAAUUCAACAAAACAUCAUGAUCAAGGAGAUAUAUAAUGAUGGUCAGUGGAACUGGUCUUAUUUCCAAGUUCAACCUCCUGAUCAGAUAAAGCUUCGUAUCCCAAUUACCAUAAUUUUAGAUGAUGGAACUGAUGACACCCCUCACUGGAUAUGCUCCAAUUCAGGUGUAGCUCAAAGUAUGGGAUGGAGAUGCCUUAUUUUGCAAGAUCUAUCAAAUUCAUUUCCUUCAACUUAUACAGAAGGUUAAAUCUAACUUCAAGAACAUCAAAGUUGGGGAACAUUGGAUUGAUAUGUGUAACCUUUGCAACAUAUCACUCAAUGAAACCUUUUUCAGCAUCGUUAAAUGGAUCAGAUCAUCCGCCCUCUUUGUUAAGCUCAAUAGUGAUAGCUCAUGUAUUAGAGGAAAAUGUGGAGCUGGAGGAGUGGUUAGAGACAACAAUGGAAAAUUCAUUAUAGCCUGUGCAAUUCCACUGGGGCAGGGCACUAGCAAUUGGGCAGAAGCAUGUGCCAUGCUUUUUGGCAUCAAUUGGUUCAUACAGAAGGGAACACCCCUUAUCAUUGGCGAGACAUACUCCAUCCUCAUUCAUAGUUGCAUCUCCGGAACUUGGGCUACACUGUGGAGAAUUUCCGACAAGAUUAAUGAACUCAAAAUGCUGGAGGAUAGCCAUGAUAUUGUCACCCACCAUUGCUUCAGAGAAGCAAACAAAGUUGCGGAUAAACUGGCUGCUCUAUGCCAUAUAAAUGAAGAGGCGUGUAUAUACACUAACUUUAACUCUCUACCGCGUCAAGUUAAAGGUCUUCUCAAUGCUGAUAGAUGGCACAUGCCUACCUUUCGAGUCAAGAGGAGAAAACCAAGCGGGCUAAUAUAUGAGCCUCCUUGAAGUAACAUAUCUCUCUUUGUUGUUUUGAUUUAGAGAAGUAAUGUUACCUGAAUUUGUCGCAAACUUCAGAUAUAUUUCUCACAUCCUGUAAUGAAGGAAUGGAUAUACCUUCCUUCUCAAAUGUACUCUCUUUACAAGUGGCAAUAAAUUUGUGACUCGUUUUA